UCACUUCAGUCAAGUCUAUGGUGACCGAGCUGGAUAGAUAAGCUGCUGUGACAACUGUUCUCAGAGGGCGGAAGCCGAUUGAAACUUAUCGGAUGUCCGGGAAUAUUGCACGCAUUUAUGGUUAUUUUGGCUUCGCGUGAGAGUGCCAAGAUGGCGGAAGGCGAAUUUCACAAUGUCAGCCAUGGAGAUUUUAACACCACCUUCUUCACUACCCUUGCAAUUUCGACAAAGCUUGUGCUUCCUACGCCAGAAAAACCAAUUAUACCAGUACAAACUGGGGUACAAGCUCAGCAGGAGGAACAGUCAAGUGGCAUGUCUAUAUUCUUUAGUCUUUUAGUUUUAGCCAUUUGCAUCAUAUUGGUGCAUCUUUUGAUAAAGUACAGACUUCAUUUCUUGCCAGAAAGUGUUGCCGUCGUUUCUUUAGGUAUUUUAAUGGGGGCCGUGAUAAAGAUCGUAGAGUCCCUGAAACUAGCUAAUUGGAAGGAAGAGGAAAUGUUCCGUCCCAACACGUUCUUUCUGGUUCUCCUUCCCCCGAUUAUUUUUGAGUCUGGGUAUUCCCUGCACAAGGGCAACUUCUUUCAGAACAUAGGAUCCAUCACGCUAUUCGCAGUGUUCGGCACGGUCAUUUCUGCCUUCAUCGUUGGCGGCGGGAUUUACUUUUUAGGACAAGCUGAUGUCAUCUACAAACUCACAAUGACAGACAGCUUUGCGUUUGGCUCUCUAAUAUCUGCUGUUGACCCCGUAGCCACCAUUGCAAUAUUUAACGCCCUUAAUGUGGAUCCUGUACUCAACAUGUUGGUGUUUGGAGAAAGCAUUCUCAAUGAUGCAGUGUCCAUCGUACUGACCAACACGGCGGAAGGUCUCAACAGAGGCAACAUGGCUGACGUGAGCAGCUGGCAGACUUUCCUACAGGCAUUGGCAUAUUUUCUCAAGAUGUUUUUCGGUUCAGCAGCCCUCGGAACACUGACUGGACUGAUUUCUGCAUUAGUUUUGAAGCAUCUAGAUUUAAGGAAAACGCCUUCCCUGGAGUUUGGGAUGAUGAUCAUCUUUGCCUACCUCCCCUAUGGACUCUCAGAAGGCAUCUCUCUGUCUGGUAUCAUGGCAAUCCUAUUCUCUGGGAUUGUGAUGUCCCAUUACACACAUCACAACCUGUCACCAGUCACACAGAUACUUAUGCAACAAACGCUGCGGACCGUGGCCUUCUUGUGCGAAACCUGCGUUUUUGCUUUUCUCGGACUGUCAAUUUUCAGUUUCCCGCACAAGUUCGAAAUAUCGUUUGUCAUUUGGUGCAUAGUGCUGGUCUUGCUGGGAAGAGCAGUCAACAUAUUCCCUCUCUCCUACCUGCUUAACUUCUUCCGGGACCAUAAGAUCACCCCUAAAAUGAUGUACAUUAUGUGGUUCAGCGGCUUGCGGGGAGCCAUUCCAUACGCCCUGAGUCUUCACUUGGAGCUUGAACCAAUGGAGAAGCGGCAGCUGAUAGGAACCACCACUAUAAUAAUUGUGCUUUUCACAAUCCUGAUUUUGGGAGGGGGCACCAUGCCACUCAUUCGCCUGAUCGACUUUGAGGAUUCCAAAGCACGCCGACGGAGCAAGAAAGACGUGAUCCUCAGUAAGACAGAAAAAAUGGGUAACACCAUUGAGUCAGAGCAUUUGUCAGAGCUGACAGAAGAGGAGUACGAGGCUCAUUACAUCAGACAUCACGACCUCAAAGGAUUCAUGUGGCUGGAUGCAAAGUAUUUAAAUCCUUUCUUUACUCGCAGGCUGACCCGAGAGGACCUUCAUCACGGGCGCAUACAGAUGAAGAGCCUGACCAACAAAUGGUAUGAAGAGGUGCGCCAAGGGCCUUCAGGGUCAGAGGAUGAUGAGCAGGAGCUUCUGUAGGAAUAAGGGAUCAUGAGUUCAGAAGGAAGAUGCAGCCAUCGGGGAGUUGCAUCAGAAGACUGUGCUGGUGUCUUAGCAUGGAAGGACCUGGACAAUGUUUAAUACACCUAUAGAGUAAAUAAAGGUGUAGGAUCUGC